UGUGCUUGAGUUGUGUUCAGACUUUCUUCCUGUAAGAUCACAUAUGGAUACACCAGAAGAACAUGACAGUGAUCUACAGUCACAGAUAGAGGAGAUUGAAGCUCUGUCCUCCAUCUAUGGUGAUGAAUGGUGUGUCAUUGAUGAAGCUGCAAGAAUAUUUUGCAUCAAAGUGACAGAUGACACCCAGCAGCCCAAAUGGACAGUCUGUUUACAGAUCAUACUUACACCAGAUUACCCGAGCUCAGCACCUCCAAUAUAUCAAAUAAAUGCCACCUGGCUCAGAGGACAAGACAGAAUGUCUCUGUCAAACAGUUUAGAGGAACUGUAUGUAGAGAAUGCAGGAGAGAGUAUUCUGUACCUCUGGGUGGAAAAAAUCAGAGAAUUCCUGGUGGAAAAAUCGCUAAGUGGAGCAACGGACGGCCCAGAUACGAGCAAGACAAUGACAACAGAAGAAGAAGCUCAAGACUACGGCGAAGACGAUCUUCCCGAUUACAACAUGCUAAACACUGGGGCCAGCCAAUCAGCUUACCUCUUUUCCAAUGUGUCAGAUGACGAAGAGGUGCCACCGACUAAACACGGGGAGCCUAUCACAGAUCGACGGAGCACUUUCCAACCUCACUUGGCCCCAGUGGUGACUCCUAAACAGGUUCAAUUGGUUCUGAACAAGUUGUAUGAAAACAAGAAGAUUGCAAGUGCCACUCACAAUAUCUAUGCGUACAGGAUAUACUGUGAGGAUAAAAACGCUUUCCUGCAGGACUGUGAGGACGAUGGAGAAACGGCUGCAGGCGGGCGAUUGCUCCAUCUUCUGCAGAUCCUGGAUGUUCGCAAUGUGCUAGUGGUGGUUUCUCGAUGGUAUGGUGGGAUUCUGCUGGGCCCCGACCGUUUCAAACACAUCAACAACUGCGCCAGGAAUAUACUCAUUCAAGAGGGCUACACGGACACCUCAGAGGAAGCUUCCAAAGCUGGAGGGAAGAACAAAAGAUCUAGAAAGCAAAAAGACAAAGUGAAAUAGCCCCCAAAACCGCCUCCCACCUGGAACAGAUGGUUUUUACUACACUUCAUCCUCUAUCAGAGCUUCUUGAGCAGAGAGAUUGUCAAGCCUUGAGGAGAACUGGCACAGAGUCAAACUGGAGACUAUGAAUGCUUAACGCUGAAAGGAGGCUUACAAAUCAAAUAAAUGGACAUUUCCUACAAAUAUGCAAGGCUCACAAUGCAUCUGGAAUAGCGUUAAGCGAACAGUUCUGGAAACGGUUGAAUUCGCUGAGAAAUCUCCACCUCCAGUGAGCUGUUAGCUCGAGAACUGGACCUUUCCGAUUGGUGAAUGAAUCAUUCGUUUGAGUCGAUUCUUGAGAUGAUCUAGUUCACGAAUCAGAAUGAUGGCUGCAAUGGUUCUCGAGUCAACAGCUCACAAGAGUGACUUAAACUUUGGUCUGUUCCAUACAAAAUGCAUCGUGUAACUUCAGAAGACUCAGAAUAUAGUGCACGGACAUUUAUGGUGCCUUUAAGUACUUUUAGGAGCUUGGCAAAUAUGGUUAUUGUAUGCAAAAAGAGGAGUGUGAAAUUGAUCCUAUUGUGUUACAGAGAGAAAACCGCAAACAGGUUUGUAAUGGCAGGAAAGUGAGCAAAUAAUUAUAUAGUUAAAGCCAACUUUCAUAUCAACAACCCCAAAUGGGUUUUAUAUGUAAUGACUUGAGUUUAUGAACUGUUGCUGCAU